AUGCUUAAUCUGAAGGCUUCUGAAUCUUGCGAAGCUGUGCAAGCUAGGCAUAUAGUGACCGCUAUAGAAGACACUUUUUUUGUAGUUUCAUUUCCAACAUUAUUAACCUCCUAUGAACCACAAACAACAUCACUUCUAUCAAACCUAACUGACCAACCUCUUAUAAACUUAAACUAUAACAAUGAACUAUUUUCAAUUUCUGAUCCACAACUUGAAACUAUAACACAACAAACCAAAGAACUAAGCUCUAUAAACUCUCUUACUUGUUAUAACAA